AUUAGGAAUAAUUUUGAUAAAUGGAAUCUUCUACUCCGAUUUGGCAUAAGCAUAAGGAAAUACUAACUGAAGCUGGAAUUGAUUUUGAUGAUAUUGAGAAGACCAGAAAACACAUCCAUCAGAAUGCUGAAGGAGAAUUCAAAGAAUUCAACACCAAAGCCAAGAUUCUCGAGUACUUUACUGAUGUGGAUAAAGAUGAUAUCAAAGAGCUAGCCACCACUGGGCUCACCAUCGACAUCAAAGGGACUGCUCCUCCCACUGAAGAAGGCGAGUGCAAUGUCAUUGCUCUCAGAGCCGACAUGGACGGCCUACCCAUGAAGGAAGAAACUGGCCUUGACUAUGCCUCGGUCACCGAGUACGCCCACAUGUGUGGCCAUGACGGACACAUGGCAAUCCUGAUAACGACAGGGUUGUUUCUGAAGAACCACAGAGACAAGAUUCCAUCGAACAAGACAGUGAGGCUGUUGUUUCAGCCAGCUGAGGAAGGGCCAGGAGGAGCUGAGCCAAUGAUAAAGGAAGGGUGCCUUGAAGGGGUUGAUGAAAUCUAUGGAUACCAUAGCAGCCCAUUCGGACCUGAAUGAUCUAUUACUGCUUGAGAAGGAGCUAUAUUAGCAGGGAUUGUUAUAGUUGAAAUUGAGGUAGAAGGCAAAGGUGGUCAUGGGUCUGAGCCUGCCAACUCUAUUGAUCCAAUCACUGCUGCAGUGAGUAUCCACAAUGCUUUUCACACAAUUAAAUCAAGAAAUACAUUUAAUACUGACAAAGUCUCAUUCACAAUAUGCUCGUUUAGCUCAGGAUCUGUAUGCAAUGUUAUCCCAAGAGUGGCUAAGAUGACAGGAUCAGUUAGAUAUUUUGACGAAAGUGUCAAGGAUAAACUUUGAGAAAGGAUCACAAAUAUCACAGAAAGCAUUAGUGAAGCAUUUAACUGUAAAGGAGUUGCCAAUUUGAAACCUCUGUAUCCAGCUACAAUUAAUCAUAAGAAACAGACAAAUGCAUUUUUGGAUAUAGCUAGAAAGGAAUUAGGAUAUGAAAAUGUCGAGACUGAAAAGAACUUGCCAGUUCCUGGUAGUGAAGACUUCUCUUAUUAUCUACAGAAAGCACCAGGAGCUUUUAUUUUCUUAAACAACGUCAAGGAAGGACAUGAGCCAAUCCAGAUGCACUCAUCAAAGGUAGAUUUCAACGAUAACACUACUCCCACUGGAGUAUAUCUUUACAUUAAGAUGCUCGAGAGUAGACUGGGGAUGUCCCUCCUUUAAUAUCCAAUUUCAAUCAC